CGUUUUUGCGUGAUGAAAUUUUGGUUGAAGCUUCUUUAUUAUCAGGUAAUAGUUUGCGAGCGCUGGUUACCCUGGCAAACCUUAAAGCUACUUUGCAACCCUGCGUUUUAGAAGUUGGCAACAUCAUCAAUUCCAAAAGGAAUAUUUUUCUUCAAAAACAAAGAACAGUAGUGCUUUCCCUUCUGCUAAAUUUUCGAUUAGUAGUUGUGCGAGAAACAUUUACAAAUAUACAUCACAAUUGCUACAUUUUGCAUACUGUAACAACUAGGAAUAGUGGUUUAUUAGUGUAAUUAUUCGCAAGUGCGCAUUGCAAAUUUUAUAUAUUUUCCAUCCUUCGGAAAAAAUUUUGGUGUCGUUGAAAAUAUUUUAGCCGGAGUGAGUGAGACAACAAUCGUGAAUGGUUGUCAGAAACAGCUGAUUCUUGAUUGCAUUUCGGUACGCACGGAAAAAUGCAAGAAGGAGAAGGCAUAACUUUAUGAGCAGGACGACACUAAUAAAAACUGAUACGAAUGACAACGCAAAUUAGAAUUAUAAAAUCCCAUUUUAGUUGCACUCCAAUGGCAUCGGGUGCUGUUUACACAUACCUACACAAAAUUACACAUCCAAACGGUGUGCGAUUUAGCACUUUCUUUGAAUGCUUUUGGAGGGAAAAUGCGUGUCAGUCGAAAUUUGAGCGGGAUAAAGUAAAGACGUGGGAAUUGGCAGUGAGCUGUAGACCAUUGAUAAGACGUGCACUUUUGUGAAAAUAUAUAAGAACUAAUUACAAGGACAAUCAAGCUCAAUUAAAACUAAUUAAUACUCAUAAAUUGUAUUAUGUCGCAACCUUCGAUAGCCUCAUAUUUUAAUACGCGUAAGCGAGUCGCUACAGACGAAGCAGCUACUAUAAAAAGUCGGCGUUUAACGGACGAUAAUACGACUCCAGCUCCCAGCGCUACAAGAAACCAAAAUGAUGACGAUGAUAUCGCUGCUACCAAGGCUGCAGCUGUUGGAGUACGAACACGAUCCGGUCGUACUAUUAAACGCACCGGUACACAGCCUACCGCGGAUGUGCCUGCAAAGAAGCAGAGUAAAGUGGAGCAAGCGCCACUGCAACAAAAAACGCUUGUACAGUUCAUUAGGAAAGGACCAUUGUCUCCACGUAAGAAACCAGCAGCUAUUAAUGAAAUGCAGAAGAAAAAUGAAGAGACACCCAAUGGGAAUACAGCGACAAAACUGGCCUAUGCCUUUGCUCCCAAGGACAAUGUAACGAAUGUAUUACGCGGCCUUAAAACUCCAACUAAACAAAUAAUCAAGGGCUCGGGAGCUACCCCACUAAAACAUGAUGAAUUGAAAGGCAUGGUGCGCAAGGAACUCAAUUUCGACGAAGUGAAGACCAAAUUGUCGCGUAGUGCCAAGCUGCAGGAAUUGAAGGCUUCCCUUUCGCGCAUACAAGAACUUGAAAAGACGCGCAAGGCUCACGAGGAUCGUAAUAGGCGUUUACGUGAGGGUCAAAGCGUUUCGCCACUGAAGAAUGCAGCGCCUGUUGUACAGCUAAAAGAAUUUGAUAAAAUUGAACUGGAAGUAUUGACUAGCCCUGCAAAGACAUUUAAAACACCAACUAAAAUACCACCACCCACACCGGAUAAAAAUGAGCUUAUGUCACCACGCCAUACAGAUGUUUCGAAACGUGUUCUCUUCAGUCCGGCCAAACAGGGCUCGCCUUCGAAAAUGGUUGUACCACCCGCUUACCAACGUUUCAUGAGCCUUGCCGAAUUGAGUAAAGCUGGACAGCUGCCGUUGCCUUUUAAAUACCGUAAUCUUAUUGAGAUUUUCAAGGGUGUUGACUCUGUAUGCGCCAUGUUCCAUAAUCGCAAAGAAUGUAUUACUUUCAAGAAAUUGAAACCUGCCGUUCAGCGUAUGCUGCGUAAGAAUGUCACUGAAACACAUUUGGCACAAAUCAAAAAUGUUUAUCCUGAUGCAUUCAUCUUUACACAAAUGAAAAUGCGCAACUAUGGCUCCACUUCGAAGGCAGACUAUUUUCAAUUGGUCAUUUGUCCCAAUGUCGACGGCAAUGCGGUGGAAAAAGUAAUACCUUAUCAUGUUGACGAGGAUGCUGCCGACCACAUAUUGAGUGCGGCUCAGUCAAGUAUCAUGAAUCCUCUGGUGAUGAUUGAACGCUUUCAGCGCUUCACAAACACUUUAAUGCAACGCGUCCUAAACGAGCAUGAAAAAUUCUUGCGCUCACUGGAUCCACCAAUCAACAUUCCAAAGUCGAAAGUGACACGGUGGCAUCCAGAUUUUGAUUUGGAAAAUUGUCCAGAUAUUGAAUGCGCUCAUCUACCGCAGCCACCAAAUGUGGAAAAGUAUUCUUCGGCGCGUGAUAUACUGUCUACGGCGCGCAAUCUUUUCAAUUGUGCUACACCAAUGGAGCGUGUAAUGGAACGCUAUGAAGCUAAGAUGGAGGCAACGCGCGUUGCAGAGAUUAAUGCAAAUAAUGAAGCUAAAAACAUAGCUGAGACCAGCGAUAUAGCGGGAAAGGGCAGUAUAGGUCAGUUGGCGACCAUAGUCGAAGGUCGUGCUUCUGCUACGAUGACAACUACGCCAACUACAUUGAAGACGUCAGUCGUUCCUUCAAGCGCAACCAGCACUAGUGAUGUUACAUCCAAUUUAUUGAAAGGUGUGCCAAAAUCUUUGUUGGAAAAAAUACGUGCAAAGCAAGCGGCCAAGGCGCUAGACGCUAUGACAAGGCGGCCAUCGCAGGACCAGGAAGCCACUAUGUACUCACGUCUACCGGAAUUGGCACGUCAUCUGCGAAACGUUUUCAUUACAGAGCGUAAAGGAGUGCUUAUGCUGGAGAUUGUAAUAAAAAAGAUACAGAAUAGCUUCAGGGCAUGUCUGACGGCACAGGAAAUGGAGGCGCACUUGAAACUUAUGGCCAAAGAGGUACCAGCAUGGGUAUCCUUCCACGAGGUACGCAAGACAAUGUACCUUAAAAUAGCGCGUGAAAUGGAACUGAAGAAAGUGAUUGCUAAAUUGGAAGAAGUCGCAAAUGAAAAAAGUAAAUAGUACGUAAAAAAACAUAAAUUUUUCAGACAAGUUUAGGUUUACAAUAUAUGUACGUGUAUGUGUGUAAGUAAUUUAAUUAAUUUACUAUAUGUAUAAAGAAUGAAGAACUCGCAAUUUAAUUUUGAAUUGAUGGGCAGACAUUUUUUGAUACCCAAGUAGAUUAAAUUCACAUUUUAUCGCGUCUGAAACAGGCUUGAAUCGCGUGAUAUGAUUGAACGCCUUGUAACAACUUCGCCUUAUGCAAAUUUGCUUUAAGUUUUACCGCUUUUCAUAAGUUGUUUUGUAGUUAUAAACCUAUUGUUAAAUGGCGCAGAAACGCUAUUUAUUUGAAUAAUCCACUAUAUCUUGAUAUUUGUAUGGUAUAAUUACGGCUACACAGUUUAAAAUUUGUUAAUUUGAUUUUACAUCCAGUGUUCGCUAGUAUAUAUUUAAUAUUGACUUUAGCGCUUUAUCUUGUCCAAAAAUAAGUCAUAUUUCUUGUCAGGAAAAAAUUAUAUAAACUUAGGAUAGAUUUGAGUCGCAUUGCAAAAGUACAUAUGGCCAAAAAUGCAGACUGUUAUAUUAUACAUAUUUGCCUCACAUUGCUUUAUAAAUACUGCUGCAACUCGCUGGAAAAAAGCUAUCUGAUACCUUUUCUUCUAAAUACAGCCCAACAAUUUUUGAAGUACUUGCAACAGUCCGCUGUUGAAAUAUUCUUCACUCCUAAACAAGAGUAUUUACGUUUAUAUUAAAUAUCACCCAUAAUUUCAGAUGCAAGAAGAAAAUUUUUCAUAUAGUUUUAUUUUAGGGAGUUUCCGCGGCAUUUGAAAGCAAUGUGAGCGCAAAUGUGAUAUAACAGUCCGCGUUUUGGGUCAUAUAUACAGUGAGCGUCAAAAAAGUAUACCUUGACGUUUUGAAGAUUUUUAUUUAUUUAUAUUCUCCAGCCAAAUUUCCCUUUUUUUAUAAAAAUAUAGUUCAUUUUAAAGCAAAAACCACAAAAAUCUCUUUUUUCAAAAGAGAACUAGAAAUGAGUAUGCAUUUUGUAGCGCAUUAAAUUUUAGCACAAUAAAGUGCAAGUUUCAAGCCGCUAAACAAUACCGUUUAUUUUUGGAUAUUUUUUUUUCGCUGGGGAUGUUGCACGUUUUCUCAGGGUCGGUAAUAAUUAUGAGUAAAAUAAUUUAAAUCAGCAUUUAAUAAAUAAUUUAAUG